AUGAAAUAUGAAGGCAGUCAUACAACAUCCAUCAUUACUUUAAGACAUGAAGGUCAGUCAAUACAACAGUCCAUCAUUACUUUAAGACAUGAAGGUCAGUCAAUACAACAGUCCAUCAUUACUUUAAGACAUGAAGGUCAGUCAAUACAACAGUCCAUCAUUACUUUAAGACAUGAAGGUCAGUCAAUACAACAGUCCAUCAUUACUUUAAGACAUGAAGGUCAGUCAAUACAACAGUCCAUCAUUACUUUAAGACAUGAAGGUCAGUCAAUACAACAGUCCAUCAUUACUUUAAGACAUGAAGGUCAGUCAAUACAACAGUCCAUCAUUACUUUAAGACAUGAAGGUCAGUCAAUACAACAGUCCAUCAUUACUUUAAGACAUGAAGGUCAGUCAAUACAACAGUCCAUCAUUACUUUAAGACAUGAAGGUCAGUCAAUACAACAGUCCAUCAUUACUUUAAGACAUGAAGGUCAGUCAAUACAACAGUCCAUCAUUACUUUAAGACAUGAAGGUCAGUCAAUACAACAGUCCAUCAUUACUUUAAGACAUGAAGGUCAGUCAAUACAACAGUCCAUCAUUACUUUAAGACAUGAAGGUCAGUCAAUACAACAGUCCAUCAUUACUUUAAGACAUGAAGGUCAGUCCAUCAUUACUUUAAGACAUGAAGGUCAGUCAAUACAACAGUCCAUUACUUUAAGACAUGAAGGUCAGUCAAUCUGGAACAUUUCAAGAACGUUUAAAGUUUCUUCAAGUGUCGCAAAACCCAUCAAGGACUAUGAUGAAAGUGGCUCUCAUGAGGACCGCCACAGGAAAGGAAGACCCAGAGUCACCUCUGCUGCAGAGGAUAAAUUCAUUAGAGGUACCAGCCUCAGAAAUUGCAGCCCAAAUAAAUGCUUCAAAGAGUUGAACGAACAGACACAUCUCAACAUCAACUGUUCAGAGGAGACUGUGUGAAUCAGGCCUUCAUGGUAGAAUUCCUAAAAGAAACCACGACUAAAGGACACCAGUAAUAAGAGGAGACUGUGUGAAUCAGGCCUUCAUGGUUGAAUUCCUAAAAGAAACCACUACUAAAGGACACCAGUAAGGCAGUUAUGUUUUUUGCGUUAUUAGAUAUUAAUUCAUGAAAAGGAAGGCAGGUAGCCUAGUGGUUUGACCGUUUUUCCAGUAACUGAAAGGUUGCUGGAUCGAAUCCCUGAGCUGACAAGGUAAAAAUGUGUCGUUCUGCCCCUGAAUAAGGCAGUUAACCCACUGUUCCUAGACCAGUUAACCCACUGUUCCUAGGCCGUCAUUGUAAAUAAGAAUUUGUUCUUAACUGACCUGCCUCGUCAAAUAAAGGUUACAUUUCAAAUCAAAUUAAAAUAAGAAGAGGGUGGCUGCUAUAAAGCUGUCAUCAAGGGGGAGGAGCUAUAAAGCUGUCAUCAAGGGGGAGGAGCUAUAAAGCUGUCAUCAAGGGGGAGGAGCUAUAAAGCUGUCAUCAAGGGGGAGGAGCUAUAAAGCUGUCAUCAAGGGGGAGGAGCUAUAAAGCUGUCAUCAAGGGGGAGGGUGGCUGCU